UGUAAAAGCGGCCCCUUAGCGGUCUAACAGCACUUGCCAAAACUUUUGAAAUGGUCAGACAGGCUUUACAUUUCACAGAAGAAUUGUAGCGCAAGGCUUCAGUUUGACUUAACAACCGUCACAAUUAUCUUAGUUUUUGUUUUUUGUUUUUUACUCUGAGGUCAAAACGGGCUUCCACAUCAAGUUGAGAAAUUAAAUUUAAAACGUUCUUGGAAUAUCAUCUAGGCCUAACCGUUAAAUAACACUGUACUCCCAUUCAGAAAUCCGGACAUUUUCUACAACUAAAGUGCUGCUCCUGCAGUGAACACUAGAGGGAAACAUUUCGCACAAAACACGUACCAAGAAUUGGAUGUGCAUUCAAUGCAAUGACAAUAUUAGUCAAAGGAGCUGUCAGAACAGUGUGUGUUUGUGUAAAAGUGUGUGUCUGUGUAAAUAGGGCAAAGUUACCUGUUUGCUCAGAACACACAUGUUGAUCACCCUACAUUAACAGAGACACAGCAGACACAUGAGCGAUGAUGAUGAGAGCAUAAAAACAGAGUGGGAAAACAGUCAAUCAAUAGAGGAAGUCCAUUCUACUGCUUCCUCUAACAUAUGUUUGUAACCAUCGCUAGGUGGAAGUGUGAAUUACAAAUGAACACACCUUCACAUUAGUGACAGGCCAGUUAAAAAUAACAUAAAUGUAUAAGAACAAAAUAGAAUAGAACUAUAUAUACAUGAAAUAAUGAGAGUUCAUAAAAUGUCACAUAUAAAAAUAAGUGAGCAUUUUGAAAUUCUACCUUUGAGUCUAAUUAAAAUGAAUGAGUUUCUGAAACAAUUCAACCUAAAGAUUAGACUUGAUCUUCCAAAAGGCAAAAUAUUCUAGUUUUUAGAAUAUGGGAUUAUAAAGUGGAUGUUAUAGUGUCACUAGACUGGCAAACGUCAUGCAGGCCACACACACACUCUCUCUCACACACACACACACACACACACACACACACACACACACACACACACACACACAGAGAGAGAGAUCAGGAAGUGCUGUCUUAAGUUUUGUGCUAGUUGGCGGAAUUGGCUGUUUGAUGUGAGGAUGUGUGUGUGCAGGAGUAUGUAUGUCGAAGCAUGUUAAUAAAGGAUCUAAUGACUUUGGUCUGCUGAUGCCCUGAACACCCCUGAAUGGGCCCCAACAUACAAGUGCAUCAUGGGCUCCAGGAUAAAAGAAAACCCUGAAAAAACGUUCUACUGGUUCUUUCAAGCCUCAUGUCCAAUCGCCAGAGAUAAAGAUCCUGAUGUGCUGUUUCAGUUCCCUGAGGACUUUAAUGAUGAGGAGGCUCUGCAGUCCUUGCCUCGCUUCUGCUUCCCUUACGACAUAGAGAGGGUGAAGGACACUGUUGCCGUGCAGCACUUCACAUUCGUCUUGACCGAUCUGGAAGGAUGCCAGCGCUUCGGUUUCUGCAGACUCACGUCCAGCUCUCAGACCUGCUUGUGCAUCCUCAGUUAUUUGCCCUGGUUUGAGGUCUUCUACAAACUUCUGAACAAUCUGGCUGACUACUCAACGAAAGGACAGGUAUGAUUUUAACAACCAAACGAGAUGAAAGAGCUGCUGUCGGUUCUCUACAAGCACCCCUUGCCUCCGGCCAAUGGCUCCAUCACGCUGCAGAUGGGAGGGAAGCUAAUGAUUGGAAGUGAGAUGCCUGGCAUCUGUGGACACGCCCCAAAAGGGGAGGAGUCAGAGGGGAUCCCGUAUUUUAUCGCACCAGAUCCAAAAGCCCUGCCCUCUAUUCCAGAAAGUAGGAACCUGACGGAGCUGGUGGUGGCGGUGGACGUGGGGAACCUGUUGCAGCUCUUCGCCAGCAUGUUGUUCGAGAGACGAAUUCUCAUUUACUGCAGCAAACUCAGCACCCUGACGGCCUGCAUACACGCAUGUAACGGGAUGCUGUACCCCAUGUACUGGCAGCACAUCUUCAUUCCAGUGCUGCCGCCUCAUCUGCUGGACUACUGCUGCGCACCGAUGCCGUACCUCAUUGGAAUUCACUCCAGCCUGGCAGAGAGAGUGAGGAGUCGCGCACUUGAGGACGUGGUCAUACUGAACGUGGACACCAACACCCUGGAGUCGCCCCAUGAGGACCUGAAAAAGAUCCCGGCCGACGUGGUGGCGGGACUGAAGGUCAGGCUGAAGAGACAGGCGGCGUCGUCGGCCGGGUCAGGGGUCGCGCACAGCUUCCUCCGAGCGCAGGCUCUGCUGUUCGGAGGAUACAGAGAUGCCUUACAGUCGCCUGACGAAGGGCCGGUCGUGUUCUCCACUGAGUUGUUUCUGAGUCAUAAGUCUCAAAGCAUGCAGGAGUUUCUGGAGAGCGCGGUUCACCUGCAGUGUUUCAAAGAGUUUAUUGACGGCCGGCUGAAAAUGCUGAACCAGGGCAAAGAGCCGGAUGAUGUGUUUGAGGAGGAGGUGCUUCAGUGUGGAGCUUCAUCCGGUAGCUCUAAAUUGCGUCGGCAAUUGGUGGGAAACUUAAAGAAAGGGGGUGGAGCCCUGAUCGUGACAUGGAAGUCUACAGCUAACAAAGCAACCAAAUAUCAUAGCAAAUUUGGGCUGAAAAACCUCCUGUCAUCAAAGGACCAAACUGCACCUCAUAUGCUACAGAGGGGCGGGUCUGUGUGUGGAACGCACACGUAUCGCCUCAUCCAAUCGGAUUGUCUUCAGAACCGUCUACCAAUCACACAGCACUUUGGCAGGUCUCGACCACGGCGGCCGACACAGAAGAAUCCCAGCCUCCAGGGAAAUGAGCAACAGACAGAGGACGACAACACCAGCUAUGAGGACAGUGUAACAGAAGAUCUUCAGCAGUGCUCUGCCAGCAACGACUUACAGGAAGAUGAUGAUCUUUCUCUGUUGGCCGACCCGGAGGAGAUGGACCUGCUCGGAGAGAUCUUCGACACGCUGAGUGCCCAGAGCUCCAGAGAGCCGGGUUUACUGUACAGCACACGCAGCCUUGACCUCUUCAGCUCCGACAGCAGUGAAUUCAUCUCACAUAGGAGUCUGACCAACCCAAGUCAGGAGAGUCUAAGUGCCUCGUUUGGAAACAGUGGCAGUCUUGUGAGCUGGGAGGAGGAGCUAGAGGAGGGGCCUGGUGGUGAGGGGGAGGAGCCUGCCGUCCUGACUGACAGGCCAGAAAAUGAGCUUAACGAACUAGAGAAGGACUUGACCGAGCUAGGGGUAAAUCUGUGUUCAGAUCUACAAGUUCUAGAAGAGGCUUUACUGGAUCCCCAAGAGGGUUCUCAAGAGGUGCAAGAGGACAGCCGGUCGAAAAAUGAUGGACAAAUGAACGGAACAAUGGAGGAAAGCUUGGAAACCGAGACAGUAAUUGAAGAGAGUACAGAGACGCAACCUGACAAAGAAGAAGAACGUCAGAAAGAGCAUAACACGACAAAUGUCUUGGGCUCAAACGGACCUACAAAUGAAGGAAUCACCUCUGCUGUUUCUCUCAAUGUAAAGAUAGACACAAGAGAAGAGCCAGAUAAGAAGAGCGUUGAACCUCCAUCACCGAAUGUUUUGUCUACCGUAGCUCUGUUCCAGUCCAAGUCCUUGACUGACACUUCUGGUUCCCGAGGGUUGGAUAAAUCUGUAAAAUCUCCCAUAAGCACCCACAAAAUCAAUGUGGGACCAAUGACAGGCCUGCAGACUGAAGAACAAAGUACAAAAUCGCCCAUUUCGUCAACUCCAGAAGAGCAAACCCAGGCUCCCAUUAAGGUCUCAGAGCUGAAGAAGAGAUUUGAACAUUAGACCAUCAUAAAUCAAGCAUAUUGAAGCAAAACAAUGUUCAAGAACUAAAAAUGACUUUUUUUUUAGAUUGUCAAUUACAAGUCUACAUGAAACAACAUUUGCACCCUAUUUUGAUUCUUGUGAAGCAACACUGCAGAGUCAAACGAGAUAAAAUUAUCCAUUGGGUUUUUAGUGGAUUGUGGAAGGUUGGCGUUCCAUACUGAACUUUGUGUUUGUGGAAGGAUAUUUGUCUCAUGUAUCUGUUGGUUAAAACUCAAUACCGACAUCAGUCAGUAAAGUCGAUUCAAAGGCAGUGCAAGUUAUUACAAAUUGGAUUUUUAUUUUUUCCUUUGGAAUAAUGUACCCUGAAUGUGCAUUAAAGUAAAUCAGGUCAAUUUUAACUUUCACUGAACUGAUAAAAGCACCAAUUCUGCCCAAUAAAGAAAGUUCAGCCUUUUUA